CCCGACCGAGCGCGUUUAAUUCGACUUGAAACCCUCAACGUUGUGGACCGUGUCGCGUAAUACGCAGCAUCCAGUGGCUUUGAAAAAGAAAGAGAGAAGCGAAACCGAUCAAGAUCACUGUAGUCAAAAUAAGAAAAAACAGCAACGUUUUUGGCGAAGAAUUACAAAACCAAAAGAAUCAAAAACAAAACUUUUAAAGCACAAGAACAAGAGUGAAAAGAAGAGUAAAAAAUUACAGAAGCAAACAAAAGCAGCAGUGAAACCAAGUGUAUCGAGUAUCCAUAGAGUGAGUGUAAAGUGAGAACAAGCUUCCCUGUAUGAGCCGGAAGGAAAGCAUUUCGGUGAAAUAAAAUAAAGCCAGAAACAUAGAAACACACUACGAAACAAUCUUGUAACGUGUGGGUGUGUGAGUUUGUGUCUAGGUACACGGCGAUUAAACGUGAGAAACGAUUGUGGUUGCAGUGCGGCCGGAAGCACAGCCCUUGAUCGAGUGACUAGUGAGCUACACCAGUUCCGUGUGGAAAUAUCGCAGAAAACUUAAAUGCGCUCGUAAGUGACGAACCUCCCACAGUAGUAGAGUGUGAGGGCUUUAGUAGGGUUUGGUGGAUCGUGUUGAAUUCUGGUGAAGAAAGAGAGUGAAAGAGAGAGAGAGAGAGUGAAAAAAAAACCUACCAUUCAGUAAAAAUGGCACACGGAAGGAAGUUAAGCUUCAGUGCGGCGGUAAUGGUGGUGUCGAGUCUGGUGACGGUUUGUUCCGGAUCGGCCAUACCGAUGUGGGAGUUUCUGAGCCGUGGCGAAAAGAUGUCACACCUGUACACGAUGUUCGCCAAGCAGGUGUCGAGCUACUGCAAAAACUCGCAAGACAUGCCGACCAACAUGUGCAAGCGGAAUCUGCUGAUGUACGGUAUCAACAAGCUGCAGGACAUGAACGAAUCGCAUCUGGACUCGAUGGACCCGUACCAGCGUGGCGCAACUGAUAUAAUCUGGGACGCCAUGAUGGAUGGUCACACGAAGAACGGCAAAAAGAAGACCCAGACGACGGCAGCUCCAGCCUACAUUAUGAGCGAGCAGUUCGAGCACAAUCCACUCUUCGACGAUCCGGCACCAUCGGAUGACGUUCGCAAGAGUGGCGGCAGCAUCAGCAAGUACGGCAUGGACUACGACUACGGCAAUGGACCGACCGGGCAGGAGAUGCACUACUCCGAACCGCAGAACCAUCUGCCCCAGGAAGCGUCGACCAACGUGGACUACAGCUAUCAGUACGAGCCGGCCGCUUCGACACACUUCAACAAUCUUGCACCGUACGAGCAGACGAGCAACUAUCUAACCGGUCCGAUGGUGGUGCGUCUACGCCCCGACGGAACGCCGGUGGAGGAGGACAAGGUCCAGGUGACGCCGGCCGUUCCCAAGGACGACGACAUCAAGGAGAUGACGCUCGGCAAGGAGAAGAUGCCCAGCUUCCAGCAGAUCUAUGACUCGCUGAAGCAGAACGAGGAUCACCAUCUGCCGUCGACGGUCGCUCCGACCAUCUCCACGACCACGACGACCACAGUUGCCCCCAAGACGACGGUCGCACCGCCAGCGUUGCCGGUAGUGGCGCCCACACAGCAAGUGUAUGCCUACGUUCAGCGUCUGCCCAACUACCUCCGAUCGUACCGCACCGCGUACCGGGUGUACAACGCGCACUAAGCCGCAUCUUCGCCGCCCGUCGGGGCGAUCGAAAGCUGAAUGUGAUUUUAAUUAAUUAACUCAACCUAAAACCGACGACGACUACCAGAACAGCAACGGACGCCGGACUGCACGCAAAACUACAGGACCCAGGCUGGACACAGACUAACCGGUUCGUGUUUUUAAGUUCUUCACAGCACAGAUAAACACAGUAAGGAACAAAAAACUACAAUGCAAAAUCACACAAAACCACAUCAACACAACACAGACAAAAAACUGCGAAUCUUCAAACGAGAAUGGCUCUCCAAGCAUCUCGCCCGUACCGUGUGGGAUGUUUCGUUGCAGCAGACGCGAAGUAUUAGGCAGUUUCGGUAACGGUCAGUUUGACACGUUGACUUUAGACAUUCUAAUGCUAGACUCGCUCGGUGGUGGACAUCCUUUCACGUUCGCGGACACUAGCAAAAAAAGAGCCCGGAAAUAGGGGACAAACUGCGAUCACAGGUGUGAUUGAGAGUUGUGGCCCAGCUAUGCUUUGGGAGCUUUUCUGUUUUGCGUGCCGUGAUUGUAGUUUUAGACAUUUCUACCCCCUGUGGAGAGUCUGCAAAGCACAGUUGAAGCACAAAGCUGGACAUUCAUUUUCUGAGCGCGUUUUUAAUAUAUUUAUAACCCAUCGGUCAUUCAUGCGCACGUUUUCAUUCGCUUCGUAUUAGUUUAGUUUCUCGGAUGAACUUGUUCUUGGACGGAUCAGUUGAUAGGAGAAGCAAACUGCUUGCCUUACACUACAUACAAAUGAAAUCAAAAUUACGAACUUGUGCUGUGACGACGGGGUCAGAGAAACGAAAGAGUACGAAAGAGAAGGAGAGAGAGAGAGAGAGGGAGAUUUGAGUGCGCGGUACGUAAAUGUUAUAGAACUAGAUCGGUCGAUGAGAAUUAAUUUUAUUAUUACUAUUUUUAUUGGAUAUUUUAAGUGUGUCUGAGAGUGGGAGAGAAGAUAUGAGGGAGAGAGAGAGAGAGGAGGGAGUGGGAGAGUACAUUAAAUUAUUUCUCAAUAUAUUUAUGUGUGUAUUGCGCAUAUUAAGGGUUUACGAUGGUAACCAAGGAGAGCAAGAGAGAGAGAGAGUUUACUAAAGGCAGAGGCCAGGAUAAAGAUUUGCAUGCUGACGUGGGCAGAGUAAGUUGCAGUACUAAAAGGAAAAGCACAAAAAAAGAUAAAUUUCCUUUUUUAAAAACGUCAGCAUGGUUUUAUAAAUAUUAAUAAUGGGCGCAUAUAUACACAACGCAAAUUUUAAACGAUUUUGGAAUGGAAUGGAAACUUACAAUUUGCAUCUUUCCUCCGUCAAUCCGGGGUAGACGCACUUUGGAUGCGUACAUUGCAUCCCAAAAUUGAACGGUAUUCCAAAUAAUUUGGAAAAGUUUUGUUUUUAAAAAUUAUAAGUUUAGUUUAUUGCAUAUAAAUUAGGAUACGGCCAUUGUGUUUCUCGAAAGGAUGCAGGCAGUAGUAGGCUGUAGUGAGCAGGACGAUAGGGUAGCGUAAAAUGGUAACACAGUUUUCUCAAUUGUUUUAACAAAACCGGGGUACGGUACGCGGUAUUGCCGGCGUACGCCUACUAGUGGUAAGCUUACUUGUGAGCUGCAGCGAGAUAGCCAGUAGCAGUAAUAUCUGUCCAGCGAUGAUUGAAUCAAAUAAUUGUGAUGUCUUAUGGUUAGGGGUUCCUGUGCCGGGGGUAGUGUACGGUGCGCACAUCCCCUUCUCCCCCGGAAACAGUGCGAUUAGGAGUGAAGCAUUAUGUAAAGCAAACGAGCGAACAUGCUUCAGAUGGUGUACAUCUGUUUGAAGAUACGGUGUGAUUAAUUAUUUUGUUGACGAAUGUCGAACUCCAAAGGAAUACCACGCAUUAGGUGUGUGUUUUGAGAUGUAUUUCAAAAUGCCAAGUGAAAUAAAAUGAAUCAAAACGAUAAA